AUGAAGGAAGAAGAGAAGAAGAAGAAGAGAAGAAGAAGAAGAGGAGAAGAAGAAGAGGAGAAGAGAAGAAGAAGAGAAGAAGAAGAGAAGAAGAAGAGAAGAAGAAGAGAAGAAGAAGAGAAGAAGGAGGACGUCGCAUGCAUUGCAUGCAAGGAACGACGUCCCAGACAACCGUCCACCCUGGAUACAGAUCCAGCAUCCAGCCUCGUGGACACCGACAAGCUUAUCUCGCGCCGAUAA